AUGUCGCCGAGCACCAAGCUAGACGGAGGGCGGAACAAGGAGGGCGUAUCGGAUGCCGACCCAAGCCCGGGUUCAGAAGUCCUAGUCUCUAGCGAAACUAUACCAGGGCCCAUCGACCUGCCAACUCAAUUGCAUGACGUACAGCACACUCAGAACUCAUCCGGCUUAGAAAUUCCUGUGCAUAGCAAUAAUCGGGAUGUGCUAUCCAUCGGCGGCAUUCCCCAUGGUUCGCUCGUGUAUGAACCCAGCUUAAACCCGGUCGUCAGCCCUGAAAUGAUGACCGGCAUAAAUUGGCUCUCACCAGGCCAAACAAUUCUCCAAGAAUGGGGGAGCCAACUGGCCCAAAUCACGGAGAAUGAGUUCUUCCCGCCGGUGUUCAAUAUGAUGGAUCUUCCAGAGAUACCCUCCCUCUUCAGUACUGUCACUGAACAGGAAGCGGUCCCUAGAAACCCCGGUCAGCUCGAUUCAGAUCCUACCCCGCUAGGUUCCUGGGAAGAUGCAGAAAAUAAUUCUGAGGUGACAGGAUCGAACUCACCUGAGGUGCUCCUCGACGCGCUGUCAACGGACACGCCUGGAUCGGUGGAAAGCAAAUACUAUGUCCAUGUGGUGGGGUCAAGAACCCCAUUCCAACGCAAGUCUCGUAGUACGUGGACGGCACCGGAAGGAUUGACUUUGCCAGAUCUUUCAACCUCUGCCAGCAUUACUAGCAGUACUCCAUCGUCUGUCAACCAUUGGCUAACACCAGAGGUGUAUGCCAGGGUCGUCGUGAGUAUACAGGAGCAUAUGAAUGGCCAGUGGGAAAUUCCUCCGCUAGAAUAUUUUCAACAUUGUGUACACCUCUAUUUUGACCGACUGCACCCCAACUUCCCCUUCAUCAACAAAACAACCUUGCUCACCACUGACUCCCACUGGGUUCUGUUGACAGCAGUUGCUGGCGUCGGAGCGGCGUAUCUACAAUCACCCCCGGGGCCACAAUGGAAGACUUCACUAAUGGAGAUAGUGGAAACGACUUUGGCUAUUCAUCUCGUUCGCUACCAAAAUGCCUCCCAGGCGACAGAUUCGAUGCAUCGUUCUGAUAUGCAUAUUACACCGGAGCUGGUCGAUGAGCUCAUACCUCUUAUCCAAGCCAAAAUCCUACAUAUGCUGUUUAUGCUCCAUAGUAGUUCUUUGUAUAUUCUGCGACGCGUGGGUUUUGAGCGAGCUGAACUAGCGCACUGGUGCUCAUAUCUUAACCUUCUGCCAUUACCAUCAGAACCUCUUUCUCCACUGAUAGACGCUAUAGAUGUGCAGCUUUGGGUCAAAACCCAGUCGCGCCUCCGAGCGGGCAUGAUGAUAUGGGUAAGUGCAAAGAUCAAGUCAUAA